AUGUCGACUCAGAUUCCGGUAAUCCUCAAAUCUCAGCACGUCUGCGCUUAUUGCCACGCCCGAAAACAACGAUGCGACAAGGCUCUCCCUAGCUGCUCGCGAUGUGCGAGCAAGAUGCUGAGCUGCCACUAUGGCUCCGUAGCUGGAAAAUCUCUAGCUAAGGAGCCGGGGACAGCUAGCGUCUCCCGGCUGAUCGAGCGCCGUGGCGACUGUUGCUCGCCGGAUCUCUCCCAGAUAGGAACCAAGGAGCUGCUACUCGCAGCUUGCGGCAUCGAUGAUGACGGCGUUCCAUCAAUGACGGGGCUGAUCUACGAUUUCCUUGACGCCAGUAGAAUAUCGCUCUUGGAUCUUGCGGACGAGUACUUCGCUACCGUGCAUCGAUGGCUUCCUAUCAUCAACGGCUCGAGUUUCUACCGUCGAAUUCAUUCCUCGCGAUGGCCUAACGAUGACCAGUUCGCCCUUUUAGUCUAUUCCAUCUUUCUAGUUACACGAUUGCCUUGCGCCUCCGGUCGUCAUUCGAUGCGGACUCAGCUAUAUCGAAUUUUGAGCCGCGUAUUUGUAAUGCAAGCUUCUGAAAACGCGACGCUGGAGUUAUUGCAAACUGGACUCCUCAUUGCGGUGUAUUCUUGCGGUCAUGGCAUGGCGCGGGAAGCGUUCAUGAUACUCUCUACUUGUGCAGCCGUUGUGAGAUUGCUGGAAGCGGAGAAGAGCCUGGACAACUGUGGAAACUAUCAAGAUGCUGAGCUCGAGGCCUGCUGGGGAGCUCUAGCCUUACUGGACAGCAUUAACGCAGUCUGCUGCAUCCAAAGCAUCACGCCUUUAGCACUACCGCCUGAACAGCCUUCCACUUCAGUCCCUCCAAACUGCGACGUCGAUGGCCCUUUCGAAAGCUUCCGCGCAAUCUCAAGCAUUGCGCAACGUAUUAGACCCGCUCUAUACUACCUUCAUGACGCGAAGAAUGCCAAGGAAGCGCACGAUACAUACAAUACUGUCUGCGUAGACCUUCAAUUUCUCGUCUGCGAUCUGCUUAAUGCCUCUAAUUCGAAAGCCAGGAUUUACUGCGAGAGUAAUGCGUUCGCGGUUAGUACGCGGUUUGUCGUGCAAAGCUCUCAUGCUUCUGUUCGCGCUCUAGAUUUCAUCUCUCAUGACUUGCCAGUUAUAAAAUCGGCAUUGGAAUUACGUUCGACGCUACGCAUGGUUAUUGACAUGGCGCGCGCAGCGACUGCUACAUUGCGGGAGCAAGAUGGACAGCCGGCUCGGGUUUCGUUCGUGGGGCUUUGCGCUGUAUUUCGGGCUGCGGUACUUGCAGUGCGACUAGACGGUGGUGCGAUGGGCGAAGAAGACCUGGACGCAUUGAAAGAGGGGUUAAGGAUGUUUGGGAUAAGGUGGGGUAUUGCUGGUGUCUACGAGCGGCAUUUAGACGAGUAGCACGUACCUUUAACCGCUGUAACUAAGCAAGAUUUCCAGAUCUAUAUAGUAUAUUAAGGGUUUUUACUUAGGGGAGGGAUAUUGGCACACCCCCUAAUCACUCCGCG